AACUAUGUCAGCAAUAUUGUAUUGUAAGUAUCAGUGAAGAAGGGCCCCUUCUGGUUCCUUGUCCAGUUUCGGCGGAAAGCGGUCGCUAUCCCUGUUAUGCACCCGAUGUGCCCGUCUGUAUUUUGUGGUCUUGAGGUUCUUUAAUUUAUUUGGUAUCACAAUUAUUAAGCAUAAUUCAAAGAAUUGUGUCUUUUUGGUCAAACAUACCCAUUGGCAAAAUAUAAGUAUUCUCAUGGCCAAUGGAGGGCAAUCUUGACGCCUCAGUCAACGACUUCAACGAAGGUCUCGUCACAUUCAAAAGCAAUCUCGAUAGCGUGCUCGCCAAUAUCAUCGAGGAGCGCGAGACCCUGCGGCAGGAGAGAGAACAGUUGGAAAGGACCAGGCAAGAGUUUGAGGAAGAGCAGUUUAGGGUUGCCCAGUUGACGGCGAACGCAUCAGAGCAGGUCACUCUAAAUGUGGGGGGCUCAAAGUACACUACCACAGCCACCACGCUCAGGAAUGCACCUGCGCCGUCCCUCUUCAAUGCCAUGUUCAGUGGGCGCCAUGUGCUGACACCGGACGAGAAUGGCUGCUAUUUCGUGGAUCGGGACGGGAGGCAUUUCCACGACAUCCUGAAUUUCUUGAGGGAUGGGACAUUUUCGUACCCAGAGGAUGGCGCAGAUUUCAAGUACCUGUUGGAGCUGCGAGCAGAGGCCGAGUACUACUGCCUGUCAUCGCUGGUGGAGCAGAUCGACCGCUUCCCUUUUGGGCUGACGCGGGUGCAGCGGGCGGUGAGCUUGAACAGCGAGGAGGGGUGGGUGUACGAGGAACGCGCGCUGUCGGACGAGGUGGUCAUCAGCGUGUCAGCGCCCUGUCAGCUCAUGGGCCUCGGCCUCUGUGGCACAGUCGGCGCUUUCACCGUCGACGCUGAGGUGGCACAGGUGGACCCGCACGAUUUCUCGUGGGAUGAGCGGCGGUUGGGGGCGGUGUCGCAGUCUUUCAGCAAGGCGGAUAGCCACCGCCUGCUGCUGCCCAAACCCAUCGCCCUGCACCCCGGCGCCUUCUACAUGAUCUCCGCCAUCAUCAAGGGGUCUCAGUCUUCCUGCUGCGAGGAAUGCCUGAGUACUGUGGUGGCCUCCGGUGUGUGCGUCACUUUCCAUCCGUGGGAGUCUCCUAACGGCACGACGGAGUCGAGGGGCCAGUUUCCGGAGCUAUACAUCCGCGUCUUGCACCCCCAGUCAUAAAAUUGGAGGGGUAUUAUUGUCGAAACCCUGAGCAUCCCUCCUACUAUACUUCUUUGCAGCGCUCACAGACAUUCUUAGAUAGGUGCAUGGAAAUUUGUCUGGCCCUCUGGCCUUCCCCGAGCUACUUUUUGUCCUGUGAUUCUCAGGAUGCUGUUUUUUGCUGACUAGGAGAGAAGACAUGUGACAAGCAUCGCGAUGAAUGAGUGGCACCAAGUUCUCUAGCCUCCAGUCUCAGGUCAGGCUGGCAGUUGGUGUCAAUGUGACUAAUUAGACUCGUGUAACACCCUUAUCAC